CCCCAAACCCUCCCCCUGCUGCUACUCAAUCUUGGGCCGUGACCCUGUUACUGGCCGGUGCCCUUUGCCACCAUGGCAGCCAAAUGGUUUAAAGAGUUCCCUGCCAACCUGAAGACCGUUUCCGAACGCGCCAAACCGGGCGGCGCCAACACAGGCAAGCUGAGCAGCACCUCCCGCAAGAGCCUGGCUCUGGCCGAAGCGGGCACGGCUUCGCUGCCCGGGAAGAACCGCAAAAACUCUGCCACCGAACUGGGCAGUGCCCGGACUCUGCUGGCGCUGGGGAAAGAGGGCGGAGGCAGCAGGCUAUCCCGGGACAACCUCCAGGGCCUCCUUCAGGCUGCGGCGGGAAAGAUGCGCAAGAAUUCCAGGGUGGACGGGGCCCCUGUGGAGGACCUGGCACGGGGGACCCCCAAGGGUAACACCACCUGCGGGACCUACAUCAACCGGCUCAUUAAAGUGGACGCCCACGACAAGAACGGGAAAAGCUACCCAGCCCCCGCUCCAAGUCCUACUCCGGCAGCUGCCCCAGAGCCGGAGAAGGCCAAACAGGAUACGGUCAUCAUCCUGGAAGAUUACGCCGACCCGUAUGAUGCCAAAUGCACCAAAGGGCAGAGAGAGGCUGAGAGGCUGGGGGAAAACGAUGGCUACAUGGAACCUUACGAUGCCCAGCAGAUGAUCACGGAGAUCCGGAGGCGGGGUUCCAAGGAUCCUCUGGUCAAAGCCAUUUUACUCCUGGACGAGCCAGUAGAUCCUGGGCCUAAGGGAGAGCCUGCCCUCAAGCGCCAAGCGGCCAAAGCCCCACAGCUUUACGACACCCCCUAUGAGCCCUCAGAGGCGGGAGGUCCCAAGCCAGAAGCCCGGCUGCCGGAGAACGACGAACGGCCUCCGGCUGAGUACGAACAACCCUGGGAGUGGAAGAAGGACCAGAUUGUGAAGGCUCUUUCAGUCCAGUUUGAGAGCGCAGAACGGCCCACGGCGUCCAAAGAGGAGCCCCAGGGACUGCCCCGACAGCAGCAUCACCGCCAGAGGAGCUGGCCUUCCAAGAUGGUGAAGCCCACGGGGGCGGCAGACCCCGGUGCCGAUGGGGAGCACGUGGAUCCUGCCCUCACCCUGGAGAAACAGCCUUGGUUUCAUGGGGCCAUCACCCGAGCCGAGGCCGAGAGCCGGUUGCAGCUGUGCAAGGAAGCAGGAUACCUGGUGCGGACCAGCGAGACGGGAACCAGCAAGUACUCCAUUGCACUGAAGACCAGCCAGGGCUGUGUUCACAUCAUCGUCGCCCAGACGAAGGAUCACAAGUACACCCUCGACCAGACGGGCGGGCUCUUCGACAGCGUCCCUGAGGUGGUGUGCUACUAUUCCACCGAGAAACUGCCUUUCAAAGGAGCUGAGCACAUGACCCUCCGGCACCCCGUGCCCAUCCCAAGCAAGAUCCACUAGCUCC